AGUUUUCAGUCCUGGCAGUACCUCAUCUUGGAUGAAGCACAGAACAUCAAAAACUGGAAGAGUCAAAGAUGGCAAGCCUUACUCAAUGUGAAAGCCAGACGACGAUUACUUUUGACGGGUACCCCUCUGCAAAAUUCGUUGAUGGAGCUCUGGUCUCUUAUGCAUUUCUUGAUGCCAGCGAUAUUUGCUAGCCAUGAUGACUUCAAGGAUUGGUUCAGUAAUCCAUUGACAGGAAUGAUGGAUGGAAGUGUAGAGUUUAACGCACCAUUGGUACAGCAGUUGCAUAAGGUUCUGCGUCCUUUUAUACUUCGUAGAUUGAAAAGCGAAGUCGAGAAACAACUUCCGAAAAAGACAGAGCACGUCAUCAAAUGUCAGUUAUCAAAAAGGCAGAGAUACCUGUAUGAUGAUUUUAUGAGCCAGAGAUCAACUCGAGAUAAUCUAAAGUCUGGAAACAUGCUUUCUGUGCUUAACAUUGUUAUGCAGUUAAGAAAGUGCUGUAACCACCCGAAUCUCUUCGAACCACGCGCAGUGCAGUCUCCUCUUUGUCUUCAUCAGUUGCGGUUUACGUGCCCCGGAUUACUUCUAGAUCUAGACGACAAACAGUUUGGCCGUGAUCUUCCGAUGUUUUUUGACAUAAGGAAGCGAUUUACUGGAGUGAGCUCGGCAACG